AUGUCGUCGUGGUUCGUUUCGGCAGCGCCUACGGGCCCCAAUUUUGCGGGCGUGCAUCGCAACUUUGCGCAAGAGGCGUUCUACGGCCCUCUGGUGCAGGAGGACACGGAAUGGCUCUGCGCCGGCGGCUUCGUCACCGAGACGCAGACCUUCUACGCCACCACCGAGCAGGGGGAGCUGAUCAUGUGCCAGGUCAUUCAUUCGAGUGUCGGGUGAGUUGCUACGUCGUGGGUCCUGCUUCGCACGGGUGCUCGAGUGCUCCACUCAGGAUGCGAUCGACCUCGACCUCGGGCUUGUGUGCGCUCCGUCCGAAUCUGGCGCUCUCGUCGCGCGGCGCGAUCUUGAUUCGCGGGCAGAUGAGCGCUUGAGCAGCAGAAGGAGCAAGGCAGCGUGCAGCUUGGCUUCUUCGGUGACGCGCGUCGCUCCACGCUCCGUCUCGACGCUCGGCCGGUCUGCUCAGGCGCAUGUCGGUGCUGGGUCGCCAUGCGCCCGAGAUCGGAAGGGAGCUCUAUCGUGACGUUUUGGACACGAUGACUGAUUCCGGUCCCUUCGUCUCCUCAGCGUGUGGUACCCUUCGAUCCAAUUCACGUUCCGCUACGUCAACCCGACCACGUCCAAGCACGUGUGGAAGUCGACCGCGGUCACCAACUUCACCGUCGGCGGCGCCAAGCUGGACAAGCGCUCGUCCAAGUCGGAUCAGUUCACCAUCACCGUCGACCCGAGCAAGCCGAACGUGUACACGAUCCAGGGCAAGUACGACGACGAGACGCAGAUCUCGUUGACGUACGAGGCCUUGACGCCCGGCUGGAAGCUCGGCGCCGGUCCUCGAGGCGGGAUGAGUUACUUUGGCCAACUCAAACCGGCGACGACCCAACCGGGGACACCACCUGACCUUUCGGGUGGUGCGGAUGGGUACUGCGUGCAUCGCUUUUGGCCCCGUUGCGCGAUCAAGGGCAUCCUCCGCCUCGGCACGGACGUCAUUCAGAUCGAGGACGCUCGAGGGACCUUCAUCCAUGCGAUCCAGGGCAUGCGCCCCAACGUCCUCGCUUCAGCAUGGAACUUUGCCAACUUCCAAUCCCCCGCUUCGGGAGGGGAGGGUGUCGCGUUGACGAUGAUGGAGUUCACGUCCUGCCCGGCUUACGGUUCCCACAAGGUCAACAUUGGCUCGAUCGUCGUCGGGGAUAAACUCGUCGCCGUCGUGGCGGGUGGGGACGGGAUCCAGGGUGGUUCGGUCGCGUUGCACUACGAGGCCGUCAAUGAUGUCGAGACCGGUUACGAUGCGCCUGGAGCGAUCAAGUACACCUGGGAAGGGUUGACCCUUUCGGGCGAGGGCGACAACUUGAAGCCUUCUGCUUCGAGCAACGACAUCUCCUCUGCCGAGAUUGACCAAAAAUUGCUCACCUCCAAACCCGGAGAACCCUACGCGACGCAAGGUUUGGUCGAGAAGGUCGAUGUGUUGGGUCAGAUCCCUUACCUGCUCAAGAAGUUCGUCAACUACGCCGCGGGAACCAAACCUUACAUUUAUACGUGGUUGAACCCGGUCGAUGCCAAGGUCGUCACACCUGGACAAGGGGUCAAGACGGUUAAAGGGGUGAGUUUACUCUGCCAGCGUGAUCAUGAGUGGUGUCAUGGUCUCCAAUCAACUAAUUGCUCGUCCAUGCUCGCCUACAGACGCUGUUCAGCGAGGCAACUUUUGUCUCAUAA